CUGCAAGCUCACGGCAUUCCCAAAUUCGAAAACCAAAAAGGUUGAAAGAAAAAAAAAAAAAAAACCCAAAAUUGCUUUCGCCAAUCUGCAAAUUGGAGGGAGCGACAAACACGCUUUUUCGAACAAAAAUCUUCAAGUAGAAAUAAAUGUAUUUUUUUAUGCAAAUCAUUUACAUUUUUUUCUUUCCCAUACUAUCUAGAAUUUUAAUUUUAAAAUCCUUUUGAAAACCAAUUUUUCUUCGUCAUCGGCUCUCUUUCUGGUGAUUUAUAAAGAUUAGGGUUAGAAUUAGGGUUUUUGAUUAGCGGAUAGAGAUGUAUGCUGAUCGAGUGGAGGUUGCUGGACAAAGGUCGGUAAAGGAGAGACUCAAUGGCAACUCCUCAGACAACGCAAUUCGGCGGCGUCAAAUCACUGGCAAGAGGCAGAGGCAAGAUGACAAGUGGGAACAUGAUCUCUACCAAGAGGAUGUACCUCAAGUUUCAAAUCGUGAAGUUGAUGCCCGAGAUCUUCGUUUGAAGCUCCAAAGGAAAAGUCUCCAACAAGUGUCCCAAGGUGGAAGGGGAACUCUCUCUGGUGUGCAUGAUCUUCGUGAAAAAUUGUCUGGAACAAUGAAUAUGCAGCCGAUAAAUGCUGAUCCACCAAAACCAAAGCUGGAAGUUGCCAAACCAGCCAGGAAAAGUGUAGCAGUCGAAACUCCUGAACCAGAGCCGAAAAGGGCUGCCAUUGCAGCAGCAAGGAAGAAGGCUCUGCAAAAGGCUGAUGCGUCAGUGGAAGGUUUUCUCCUGUCUUUGGGUCUUGAAAAAUAUGCAAUUACUUUUCAAGCAGAGGAAGUUGAUAUGACAGCUCUUGUACACAUGACUGAUGGGGACCUGAAAGCAUUAGGCAUACCAAUGGUAACUUCAAACAAACGCUCACAUGGAUGCAUAGUUUUCGAUUUGAGUUUGCCAUAAGUUGUAUUUGAUGCUCGUCUUGGUUGAUGAGGGAUUUGAAAUAGGGAUGAAUCCUAUAAUCUGGGUUCAGAACCAAGAAAUAAUGUUACUUUUUCCCCUUUGUUUUCUCCAGUUUUCCAAUUUGAUGUGCACCAAAUGUUUGUCUCUUUUAAAAAGUCAAAGCAUACGUUCUUAACGUAUGAAAAUGUCCUUUUUCUUUUUAGCUAGGAAAUGCCCUUUUUUAAAGAUCCCUAUUUUUUGCUUGCUUUUCUUCUUAUGGCAUACUCAUUUGAGAUUAUUAUUGGAAUUAUUAGUUCAAUUGCAUUUAAAUGCUCGUUUCUUCAAAAAAUUUGGAAUUUCUGGCAUUUACAGAUGGUAAGUGAUCAAGGUAGUCUUAGAAAAUCCUUAAUUUGUGUCAAGGUAAUUUGAAAAUAUAUGUCACUUUACUUCCACCUUUGGUCCAACAUAAAAUAUCUGCCUUCAUUUAUAGGCUUUAAAGCAUUUCCUUCACUAAGCAACCCUUGCUGUUUUUCUUUUUCUUUUUCUGUUAUAUGCAUGUAUCACAAAUAGUCUAUUUUCCCCAUUUCCUACUUAUUUUCUCUUCCUGCACUUUGUUCUUGCUUUAC